AUGACGAAUUAUGCAAAAUUCCUUAAGGAAAUCUUGAGUGGGAGAAGAACUUGUGAUAUGGCGGAAACGGUUAGUUUGACCGAGAAUUGUAGUGCCACCAUAAUGAACAAGACGCCGCCUAAGUUGAAGGAUCCUGGGAAUUUUUCUAUCCCUUGUGCUAUUAACAAGACACAAAUUGAUAAUGUCUUGUGUGACCUAGGAGCUAGUGUUAGCCUUAUGCCAUACUCGGUCUAUCAAAGACUUGAGCUAGGAGAACUCUCACCUACCAACAUUACCUUACAAUUAGCCGAUAGGCCUAUUAAAAUCCCACAAAGACCCUUCCUUGCAACAUCGGGAGCUAUGAUUGAUGUCAAGAGUGCUAAAAUUUCUCUAAAGGUGGGGGAAGAAGAGAUUGAGUUUGAUAUGAAUGAGAGUAUAAAAUACCCUUCUUCUUUAGAGACUUGUAUGAGAAUCAAAAUUUUAGAUGACAUUCUGAAUUCCAUGCAAAUGCACUUGCUCGCCUCUAAUGAUCCUCUUGAGUGUGUUUUGUUGAACAAAGAAAAGAUAGGUGAUCAUGGCAAAGAAAUGAAUUUCCUUGAAAGAGUCAUUGAUGAAAGCUUGGAAGGAAGUGAUGAAAAAAAUGUGCAUGAAGUUCUCAAGCCAAGAAGCUUUGCAAGAGGCCUCAACCAAGGAAGGUAA